UAUGGGCAAAAUAUAUAGUAUUCAUAUAAGUACAUUCCACUACAACGGACACACACCAUGAUGUGUCGCCACUGCAUCGACGAAGCAGUCGCUAGCAAGCAAUGGGGGGUUCCUGCUCAAAAAUGGUGGCCAACGCCGUGAACUUGUGCGGGCCGUUGUUCCGGCUGCGUCCGGCGACCGCUUUUGGCGACACGAUGUGGUUGCUGUAGAAAGGAGGCGUGGGUUUGUUCGUCGUAGCCGCCGUCUUGGUGUGGACGACCUCCUUGAGUUUAGGCUGCAGGGUCAGCGGCUUCAACUCCAUGGGGGUCGACGGAGGUGUUAGAAACGCCAGCACCACCUUCAUGAACCCCUUCACCACAAUCGGACAUUGCCUGUACAGUUUGCUCGACCCGAGUUCGAUCAACGCGUGCAGGUACACGAAGAACAUGCGUGCGCGCAGUUUGGUGUCGGCUUCUGGGGACGACGAGCCCCACAUCCUGCCGAGGCCCCAUCGCUUCGGAGGCAGCUCCAGUUCCUCCACUUGUUCGAGCAGCUCGGUGCAUUGCAGACAGUGUGGGAUUUCCAGCGUCGCCCCGAUCGCGUCUUGCAUCUCGAGAAACUUGGAGUAGCGUUGGCGGACACUCCACACCACCCCCGACUUUUGGUUGGCCAAUUCCACCUCGUACUCUACAAACGCAGCGUUCGAGGCCCCGACGGGCUCGACAGACCGCACGACAAUGUCCCGAAAAGAAACGAGUAGUGUCCCAACAGGCGUCGUCGUAGUAGUCGCGGGGUGGCUCCAGGGACUUCCUGCCGGCAUCACCUGACUCUUACGGAUACUCUCCUUCGUCAUGAACUUGGUCUUGGAGGACCCAUUGAGUGUGGCAAUGGAGCGAUGGCCAACAAAAGUUGCCAUGGAGGUGGAUGUCAAGGCAGCGAGAGGGCUGUGAUGGUGGUGCCGCGUCUGGUGGAAUUUGCAAUGUGGAG